AUCGCCGGCCGUGCAGCGCCGGGUGACGGGGGCCCGCGGAGCGCCGGCGCCGACCGCUUUCGCUGCCCCGCUCGCCUCGGCCGGACGAGGGGCUGCCCGCCGCCAUGGUGAAGGAGCAGUUCCGCGAGACGGACGUGGCCAAGAAGAUAAGCCACAUCUGCUUUGGGAUGAAAUCUCCUGAAGAGAUGAGGCAGCAGGCGCACAUCCAGGUGGUCAGUAAAAAUCUCUACACUCAAGAUAACACUCACUCUCCUCUGUUGUAUGGUGUGCUGGACCAUCGAAUGGGUACAAGUGAAAAAGACCGUCCGUGCGAAACUUGUGGGAAGAAUUUGGCAGAGUGUUUGGGGCAUUAUGGCUACAUUGACCUGGAGUUGCCCUGUUUCCAUGUGGGUUACUUCAAAGCAGUGAUAGGCAUUUUACAGAUGGUUUGCAAGACCUGUUGCCGUAUCUUGCUGACCUGUGAAGAACAGAAGCAGUUCCUGGAUUAUCUGAAGAGACCUGGCUUGACCUAUCUCCAGAAACGAGGUCUGAAGAAAAGGAUCUCCGAAAAGUGCAGGAAGAAAAGCACUUGCCCUUACUGCGGGGCUUCUAACGGAACUGUAAAGAAAUGUGGCUUACUAAAAAUAAUCCAUGAGAAAUACAAGACCACUAAGAAGAUUGUGGAUCCCGUUGUGUCUCACUUCAUACACUCUUUUGACACUGCUAUUGAACAUAAUAAGGAAAUUGAACCCUUACUAGGAAAAGCCCAGGAGAACUUGAAUCCCUUGGUGGUUUUGAAUCUCUUAAAAAGGAUUCCUGCAGAAGAUAUUCCGCUGCUUUUGAUGAAUCCUGAAUCGGGCAAGCCGUCCGACUUGAUCCUAACACGACUCUUGGUUCCCCCAUUGUGCAUUCGGCCCUCUGUAGUAAGUGACCUGAAAUCUGGCACCAAUGAGGAUGACCUAACAAUGAAGCUGACAGAAAUAAUUUUCCUCAAUGAUGUGAUCAAAAAGCAUAGAAUCUCAGGAGCCAAGACUCAGAUGAUCAUGGAGGACUGGGACUUCCUGCAGUUGCAGUGCGCGCUGUACAUUAACAGUGAACUCUCUGGCAUUCCUCUCAACAUGGCCCCCAAGAAGUGGACCAGAGGCUUCGUGCAGAGGCUGAAGGGGAAGCAAGGUCGAUUUAGAGGAAACUUGUCUGGAAAACGAGUGGACUUCUCUGGCAGAACAGUUAUCUCGCCUGACCCAAACUUACGGAUUGAUGAAGUGGCUGUACCUGUUCAUGUUGCAAAAAUACUAACAUUUCCUGAGAAGGUGAACAAAGCUAACAUCGAUUUCAUGAGGAAGCUUGUUCGGAACGGUCCGGAGAUUCAUCCAGGAGCCAACUUCAUUCAGCAGAGGCACACACAAAUGAAAAGGUUUUUGAAAUACGGAAACCGUGAGAAGAUGGCCCAGGAGCUAAAAUAUGGGGACAUUGUUGAGAGGCACCUCAUCGAUGGGGACAUAGUCCUGUUCAACCGGCAGCCUUCCUUGCACAAGCUCAGCAUCAUGGCUCACAUAGCGAGAGUGAAACCCCACCGGACUUUCAGAUUCAAUGAAUGUGUCUGUACACCGUACAAUGCUGAUUUUGAUGGUGACGAGAUGAAUCUUCAUCUUCCUCAAACUGAAGAAGCAAAAGCUGAAGCCCUUGUUUUAAUGGGGACAAAAGCAAAUUUGGUGACACCAAGAAAUGGAGAGCCCCUUAUUGCUGCGAUUCAGGAUUUCCUUACAGGUGCCUAUCUCCUCACACUGAAAGACACUUUCUUUGACCGAGCGAAAGCCUGUCAGAUUAUCGCGUCUAUCCUGGUUGGCAAGGAUGAAAAAAUUAAAGUUCAUCUUCCACCUCCGGCAAUUCUGAAGCCUGUGACCCUAUGGACAGGGAAACAGGUCUUCAGUAUCAUCCUAAAGCCCAGUGAUAGUUGUCCGGUCAAGGCCAAUCUCCGAACCAAGGGCAAGCAGUACUGUGGCAAGGGAGAAGACCUGUGCAGCAACGAUUCCUAUGUCACAAUCCACAACAGCGAGCUGAUGACUGGCAGCAUGGACAAGGGGACCUUGGGGUCUGGAUCCAAGAAUAACAUCUUCUACAUUUUACUGCGAGACUGGGGUCAAGUGGAAGCGGCGGAUGCCAUGUCCCGACUAGCCAGGCUUGCUCCGGUCUACCUUUCGAAUCGUGGAUUUUCAAUUGGAAUUGGUGACGUAACACCUGGACAGGGGCUGCUGAAGGCAAAACAUGAACUUUUGAAUGCCGGCUAUAAGAAAUGCGAUGAGUACAUCGAGGCUCUGAAGACUGGCAAGCUGCAGCAACAGCCAGGCUGUACCGCAGAGGAGACACUAGAGGCGCUGAUUCUGAAAGAGCUGUCUGUGAUCAGAGACCAUGCUGGCAGUGCCUGCCUUAGGGAACUAGACAAGAGCAACAGCCCUCUCAUUAUGGCGCUUUGCGGUUCAAAAGGCUCCUUCAUUAACAUCUCCCAGAUGAUUGCUUGUGUGGGACAGCAGGCUAUCAGUGGGUCACGUGUGCCCGAUGGAUUUGAGAACCGGUCGCUGCCUCAUUUUGAGAAGCAUUCCAAGCUUCCUGCAGCGAAAGGUUUUGUUGCCAACAGCUUCUAUUCUGGCUUGACACCCACUGAAUUUUUCUUCCACACCAUGGCUGGUCGUGAAGGCCUUGUUGAUACAGCUGUAAAAACAGCCGAAACGGGAUAUAUGCAGAGACGAUUGGUCAAGUCUCUAGAAGAUCUGUGCUCACAAUACGACUUGACUGUCAGGAGUUCGACUGGUGACAUCAUCCAGUUCAUUUAUGGCGGCGAUGGUUUAGAUCCUGCAGCCAUGGAAGGGAAAGAUGAACCUCUGGAGUUCAAGCGGGUCCUGGAUAACAUCAGGGCUGUGUAUCCAAGCAGAAGUGAGCCAGCGCUUAGCAAAAACGAAUUGGUGCUAACUGCUGAAUCCAUCAUGAAGAAGAGUGAAUUCCUUUGCUGCCAGGACAGCUUCCUACAGGAAAUUAAAAAAUUCAUCAAGAACAUGUCUGAAAAGAUUAAAAAAACCAGGGACAAGUACGGCAUUAAUGACAACGGCACAACAGAGCCGUAUGUUUUGUACCAGUUGGACCGGAUUACUCCAACCCAGUUGGAGAAGUUUCUGGAGGUCUGCAGAGAGAAAUAUAUGAGGGCACAGAUGGAGCCCGGCUCUGCAGUGGGAGCGCUCUGUGCGCAGAGCAUCGGCGAGCCUGGCACACAGAUGACUCUGAAGACCUUCCAUUUUGCUGGUGUCGCCUCGAUGAACAUCACGCUCGGAGUGCCAAGAAUCAAAGAGAUCAUCAAUGCCUCCAAGUCAAUCAGCACACCAAUCAUCACGGCCCACCUUGACGUUGAUGAUGAUUCGGACUUCGCCCGGUUGGUCAAAGGAAGAAUAGAGAAGACGCUCCUCGGAGAGAUUUCAGAGUACAUUGAAGAAGUUUUCCUUCCUGAUGACUGCUUUAUUCUUGUCAAGCUGUCCUUAGAGCGGAUUAGACUGCUAAGGCUGGAGGUUAACGCAGAGACCGUGCGGUAUUCUAUUUGUGUCUCCAAGCUGAGAGUGAAGCCGGGGGACAUUGCUGUCCAUGGUGAAGCUGUUGUUUGUGUUACUCCCCGAGAAAACAGCAAGAGCUCCAUGUACUAUGUCUUGCAGUCCCUGAAAGAAGAACUCCCAAAGGUGGUUGUGCAAGGGAUCCCAGAAGUGGCUCGCGCUGUAAUUCAUAUCGAUGAACAGAGCGGGAAGGAGAAGUACAAGCUGCUGGUGGAGGGCGACAACCUGCGAGCUGUCAUAGCCACACAUGGAGUCAAAGGAACAAGGACCACAUCUAACAACACUUACGAGGUUGAGAAGACUUUGGGCAUUGAGGCUGCUCGAACUACCAUUAUCAAUGAAAUUCAGUACACAAUGGUGAACCACGGCAUGAGCAUUGACCGGAGACAUGUCAUGUUGCUGUCCGACCUGAUGACCUACAAGGGUGAAGUUUUGGGGAUUACGAGGUUUGGCCUGGCGAAAAUGAAGGAGAGUGUAUUAAUGCUUGCUUCGUUCGAAAAGACGGCGGACCAUCUCUUUGACGCUGCAUACUUUGGGCAGAAGGACUCGGUGUGUGGUGUUUCUGAGUGCAUCAUCAUGGGCAUCCCAAUGAACAUCGGAACUGGACUGUUCAAGCUGUUGCAUAAAGCGGACAAGGAAGCAAACCCGCCAAGAAGGCCCUUAAUUUUUGACAACCCCGAAUUUCAUGUCCCCCUUACUGCAUAGCAGCGGCACCACCCUGGCCAGCUAGCAGAAAUUGAGUAUGUUUGUCCUAUGCCUCUCUAAAGAGGGUUAAGAAGUGGGGAACACACGAAAGCGUGAUGCAUGCAGCUGAUCCACCCCUGAUGCAGGUGUUUCCCUCUGAAUGCAGUCAAUCCACAGUGAAGUUCAGUUGGUGGAAUUUGUUUCAAAAAUCAAGGAUGAAAAGCGGUGAUACGGAUUGUGAGACUUUCAGUCCCUCUGAAAGGGCAUGGGCUUACUGCUGUUUCUUGGAUUUGUGACGUAAGCUGCAGCUCCAGUAAUAGGAACGUUUUCCUUUUGCCUCUGGCAGCUGUGACAAACAUCUGUCAGCACAUCCACAGUAAUUCCUGCUCUGGUCUGUGUAGGACAGAGAAGAGGAUGCCCUUCAGCGGCUUUACGCCACACGUCAUGUUUGUGCGUUAAAUGUGUCUCCGCGUUUGCUGCUCAGCUUUCCGAAACCACACUGACCGCAGAACCGUGGUGGUAUUUCAUAUAAUUUUGUUCAAUACAGAUUCUGUCACGGUGAUUAAUAUUUUUAAGUGGACUGGAAAUCCUGAUUGGCUCGUGGCGAUUGUCAGUUAACAGGAGAGCUUUGCUUAGCCCUGGGAAGCACGUAAAGAUUGCCGUUCAUCGCAGCGAGGAUCCAUCGGCAGCCGCCAUUCGCACAGGAGCAGGGAAUCUGGGGAGGCCGGGACUAUGUCUGCAUCAUCAGUCAAACCGCCACUGCACAUUCCCACUGCCCUGCAGAAGCAAAAGGAUUCAGUCACUUGCCACCGGAAUUCAGUGGCAAAGUGCCAUGGAAAAGCGACUAGGUCAGGAGAACACACUGAAUUUGAUCUGUUUAGUGCUUUGUAGUGGGAGACCACUGAUUAAUUUUUUGCCACAGUGGAAGGGCAACGGGAUCCGCAGCAGCGACUGCAUGCAGCCCACCUCUGCCCUAGAGGAUCUUGGGCAGUGCUGAUUUUAUUUAUUUGGAAAGGGGAUUCAGAACAUGAGCUCAUCAGGAAGGGUCCUGGCAUUCAGAUAGUACAGCCUAAUUCACGCAGGUUUGAUCUGCGUUAAUAGUGAGCAGAUCCUGAGCUCACCCUGACAAGCAGGACCAUGUUCAAGCAAUAGAACUGGGCCCUCGCCCAGCCUCUCCCAGCUGGUUCAGUUACACUUUGCUUCUGCAUUGGAUUGUGCCCAAACACAGCUGUAUCGUGUGAAUAAGAAAUCUACAAAAAUCGUUUCCAUAAUAUGUACCACCUGUUCAAUUGAAUUUUAAAAUCCUUGACUGAGGAAAGUAUUUAUAUGAAUGAACAUACUUGGAACCCUUGGCUACCUUUAUAGCAAGUAGCGCAAUGCACAAGACAAUGUGUGGGUAUAACGACAGUGCUUUCCCCUCAUCUUUUCAUUUAAAUUAGCUCUUCUUUAUAUUGGUUUGUGCAUAUAGAAGUUGGUUCCAAAACCACACUGCUUACGUAGGGAAGAUCAUUUCACUUUCUCACAAUUGUUCUCUUUGUGUUUCUUAGUUUUCCUCCCAUUGCUAAAGUAUAAGGACUUGUUCUGGAUGCCUUUUUGAAUAGGAGGUAAAGGCUCAAACUAGCUCAAACUAGGCUAUAGUAAACUGUCAGGAAUAGAACUUGGACCAGAGGACAGUGCUGAGCUAAGAGAGCACUACCAAAUAUCUCCCACAGGUAGUGGGAGUUCCAAAAAGCACCACAGUUGCCUUCCCAGGCAAACCUGAAGCUUGCAAAGGAAAGUGGUUAAAUUGGUUGACACACAAACUGUAUGAACACUUUGGAAGUUAGAAUACUCAAAGACAUGAAUUUGUGGGAAGAAAUGGGCUAUUUUGUACAUCUGUUGGCGCUGAUCUGUUUUUGGGACACUAUCGGGGGGGGGGGGGGGCAACGGCCAGUCAGUUUGCCGAAGUCUGCUUCCAAACUUUUGAUUUUGUUUGGAUGGGCCUCUUUCAUGGCGUAGUGGGUUUGUGUGCCCCAGCACCAGCUUCUCUCACCUUUGUGGCUCUGUUUUUACAAGGUCAUCCCUGAAUCUAGGAACAAGGGUAUUUAUUACUUCCAUUCCAAAAGUUAAGAGGUAUUGCGCUGCAUGGAAAAAUGCUUUUUUAUACUAUAUAUGUGAAUAAAGGGGUUUUUUCCAGGA